AUGUCUGCAAGUACCUACGGGGCACGGCGGCUCUGGCAAUCAAACGCAAGUCACAUGUCUGACCCCUACACGUCGAAGGGGCAUGGAGGCCACCUGUUCAGCAUCGCCGGUGGCCCUGUGACAUGGCUGUCCAAGAGGCUGCCUCUCGUCACAACAUCAUCGGCGGAGACAGAGUACGUCGCCGCUGCGCGCGCAGCACAGGCUGCGGUGUACCUGCGACAGCUCCUCCAGGAGCUGGGCUUCGACGUCGGCACCACACCACUCCACAUGGACAGCCAGUCUGCCAUGUGCAUUGCUACCAAUCCCGUGGCCAAGGGCGGCUCCAAACACAUACGGCUGCGUUAUCACCUUCUGCGCGAGUUCAUUGGCGAAGGCGUCGUCAAGGCAGUGUAUGAACCCGGCACAAAGCUGCUUGCAGACAUGCUGACGAAGGCCCUGCCUCGUCCAUCUCUGACGCAGUGCCGAGAGCAAGUGCUGCAUGCGAGUUGA